CCACAGGUCAACUCACGAAGAACAACAGACAGGCAGUCGAGGAAGACGUCCAUAAAUAGUCUGAUAAAGUACUCUCAGUUUUGUAUUUUACAGGUAGGAGGACAGAAUCACAGAUCUCCAUUUUUCGCUACCUUUUUCUGUUGUGCGAGUAGUCAUAUGAAGGUACUAUAUCCCCGACAGUUGGCUAUGUAGCAGUGUACCCUUUGAAUGCUAACUGAAGACAAGUGAAGAUAUAAAGGCAGCCGACUGUCGGCUUUGAAAAUGGUUGAAUGCAGGCUAAGCUGUUAAUAGGCAGACAAUAGAGCAUUAAGGAAGACAAUGGGUGCUACUAUUACUCUUGAUGGAGGGCGCCAAACAAAAAGAAAGUGGAAUCAGACCGUCCCGCAAACCAUGUGGAAAUGCUUCCCAAAGCAGAAAAUUCUGUCCAGUACGGGCCGUGCCCUCUGUUCGGAGGGGCACGACCAGGGCCAUGUUUUCUACCAGUUUAAUGUGAUUCCGCCAGGAGUGGUUACCACCGGCCUAGACCCUGCACAGAUAAUUUGGUGGACAGACUGCAUGUUUAUGCCGUUUGAUGACAGCCAGAUCAUCACGUCUCUUGGUGGCUACUUUUAUCGAGGAUCACAAGGCCUGACACAGCUUCGUAAGAUGCGACUGCAGAAUUACUUCCGGAUUCCUCAAGGAUUUAUGACUCUCUGGCGCUUCAAUGAUCCUCACUACCCAGAAGUUUUGAACACUAAGCCAAGUCGUGCCUUGCCACAUUGUAGCGUGUCAACGAAUGGAACACUUGUCAGCUUUUUCACGGAUACAGACAUCAUGUGCUCCAGUUUAUGCCAGAAUAGUCUGGUGAAAGCUAAGGAAACAUUCUGUAGUACGUUCUUUUUUAGUGCCUUCUCGGGGGAUUCUAACUACGUGGCUGUACUAGCGCGCUCUCGUCUACACCUAAACUUAGCUGUUGUGGUAAUAAUUUUAAGAGCCAGUGAUAUGCUUGUUAUGUAUCAGAGGUGUGUACGUGAACUUUUUCAACACUUCAAACUCCAAAAGCACCUAAUAAAUCAAGAUCGUUUAGAAUGUAGAUUCUCUCCAGAUAGUCAGUUUGUGGCGAUAAGCACAACAGCUGGCCAACUGUUCCUUAUUAAACGUGACCUGUCAAAGUUGGAAUGCGUUUUAGUUGAUGGUAAGGAUGAAGAGCUCACAAACGAGCGCUGUUAUGAUUUUGAUCCACGGUUCCCACAUGAAGUUCUGGCUUUCUGUGUCAACUCCGAUCAGGUUUAUGUAAAGAACAUUGAAAGUGGAUCGCAAAUCCUUCAUUGUAAACUUCCAGAAAACGUCAUGAAAGCAACUUGUCUAAAAUACAACAUGGAAGGAGAUUCGUUCGCUGUCGGCUGUCAAGAUGGCGUCAUAGUGAUGAUGUCAUCGAGUACCGGUAAUAUUCUUUAUCUACUCGACUCCAAGACUCAAGCAGCGGCUUUUGCGAUGACACCUUGCAAACUGAGCAUGUAUCCCGAAAUCAUUCGCAUAUCAUUUAGUCAUUCUGACGAUGUUCUAGCCGUAUCAUCCACAGAAGGCACUGUCCGUCUAUGGCAACUGCCUCCCAAGAUGAAUUUAGUGCAUAUGUGUCGUCUAGUGAUUUUAAAGCAUAUACCAGCAUCGACAAUUAAACAGUUGCCAUUGCCAACUAUGAUUGCAGAUCUGAUAGUCUGCUGCCCUCGUGAGAGGGCAAGGAUCACACCGGUUGUUAUAAAUAAUGAAACCACCCAGGUUUAAAAAAAAAAAUUCAGAUAUCAACAACUUGUUGGGACUGUGAACAAAACACUGAUCCAAAAACAUAUAAUUUUAACGAUGUGUUUUAAUUACUAUUAUCUCUAGCAGGUCAUGAGAUAAUUAAAGGUAGUGUAUGUAAUUUUUUUUCUAAUUGACAACGAUUAUUUUGUAUCCAAUUAAUGUAAGUAUGCCAACAUAAUUAUUAUUAUUAUGCAAUCUCAACUCAAUCAAUCAACUCUUAUGCUUUGUGUCAGAAAUAGAUGAUGUAGUUUAAUCUCAACAAAAUUCCUGAUAAAAUAAGUAACGGAAAAAUGUUUAUUUUACUUUUCCUUGUACUACAAAGUUGUACGAAGUUGAUAUAAUAAUCAUUACUAGUAGUUAGUGUAGUUUUUAAGAUUGUUAUUCAAGACAGUACAUACACUUGUGAUUGAUAUUCCCACUAUCAGUACAGUACACUAUACUAUAGUAUACACUAUAUAUUUAAUAGGUUGUGCCCUAUUGCCAUAACAGUAGCUACACCGAGAGAUAACCACUUGACAUGAUAUAGUUAAACUACUGAUUGAUAAUAUAGUACCUUUAUUUGUAGAGAAAUAAUAGUUUUUCUAGUUUAGUUUAAUAGAAUAUUUUUCUACAUUAUAGAACAACCUUAUAUAUUGUAGAAUAUAUGAAAUUCCAUUGCAUUAGUUUGGUGUGUUCCAAAAAGGUGCAAUACUCUAUGUAGAUUAGAUUGUUAAAUGAAAGCAAUUUUUUUUUAUUAUGCAAAUUAUAUUUAUCAUGUUAUUGACAAUUAUUUAAAAGCAGGUCUUAAAAAUAAGAAUUUUAUAUUGCAUGUUUUACAGCUUCUUUUUGAUUUUUUAACCAUAAAAGUAUUAGAAGUUACAAACAUUUAAGUGUUUGUAAGGAAUGUGCUUCAAUAUGCAUAUAUUUUUGUGAACUAUCAUACUGUGUGCAGAGGUUUUGUGCACAAUAGCCCUGCCAUUCAAAAUGGGUCAUCUUAUAAUCUCUGCUUUUAAAACAUGGACCACAAUUUAGUACAAAAACGUUGUUUUGGCUUUACAGAGCAAUGUGUGUAAAGCUGGGCCAAAGGUCAAUUACCAAUAUGUAAUAAUUAUAGUAGGUAUAGAUUUAGACUGUUGGACAUGAAGGGUUUGUAAAGCAUCUAACACAAUUAAGGUAGAUUUGAGGCUAAGCAAUUAUUAGUCUAGCUAAACAACAGAAAAGUGAGGGUAUGUUGCUAGCCCAGCAACAUGAAUAUUAUCUUAUAGUAGAACAUUUAAAGAUUAUUUUUUGUAAAGAUAACAUAUAAAAAAGACAAAAAUAUAUUGACCUUUUAGAUUUUUGAAAUUUAGAUGGACACACUGUAUAGUCUAGCUGAGCAGUGGCAUAUAUAGUUUUUGAAAUGGGAAGCUGAUGGGGAAUGAAGGUGAAGUGGGGCUCAUUGAUAAGGGACGGUCCGCUAGCUUGAAAAUAAAAGUUAUUUGAGUUCAUUUUUAAA